CAGUAGUAGAUGCGGCCGCGACCGCGUAACUAAGCGUUGGUUAAUAGUUAUGAGUAACUCAAAUGAAAUUGAUCUGCAGUUCAGCUCACGGUUCACAUAAUAUGUGAAGCUCAUAAGUGAACCGGCUCGUAAAUCAGCUCAACGUUAGGUAUAUGUGUAGAGUUAUGAUAUACAUUUCUAUGAAUCACACUGAGAAGAUUCACAAGGCAGCUGGCGGCACGUAGACUCACACAGUUAUAUUAUACAUCGUGAUGAGUUGUGAGCUGCCAAGGUCUUUAGUUGUUGAGCCACAGCUCAAAGGUUCAAGUCUAUGUGACCUGAACUUUUCAACCGGUUUCGAGCUGAUUUACACACGUCUAUUGGUUAGUCUCGCGCGGACCGCUUUCAGAGGUGGAUGUGUUGCGAUGUUGUCGGCGCCGUACGCUCGCGACGGUGACGUGUGCGCCAGUGCCGCGGGCGGUUAAUGCGUGCUGCGGCGAGGGGCCUCGGGCGAUGCUGCGGUCGGCGGGCACCCGUAGCAAUGUACCUCACAAUCUCUCCAUAUUCGAUUCCUGUCAUCGCAAGAUCCGGCUCAUCGGCGGAGGACCUGUCGCCUUCCUAGGAGGACUCGUCGCGAAGGCGCGGCGCAAGGAGCGCGAGGGUGAGCCGGCCGGCGACCCCAAGCUGUACCUGCAGGAGGCGCUGCUGGAGCGCAAGCUGCCCGAGCUGGACAUGCGCCAACUGGUGGAGCUACCGCGCGGCCUCGACUACAACGAAUGGCUCGCCUCCCACACGCUGGCGCUAUUCGAGCACGUGAACCUACUGUACGGCACGGUGUCGGAGUUCUGUACGGCGGCGACGUGCCCCGACAUGACGGGCCCCGGCGCGCGCGCCUAUGCGUGGUACGACGAGCGCGGCAAGAAGACGCGCGUCGCCGCGCCACAGUACGUCGACUACGUCAUGACCUACACGCAGAAGACCGUCACCGACGAGACCGUCUUCCCCACAAAGUACGCGAACGAGUUCCCGGCGCAGUUCGAGGGCGUGGUGCGGCGCGUGGUGCGGCUGCUGUUCCACGUCGUGGCGCACUUGUACGCGGCGCACUUCCGCGAGCUGGUGCUGCUGCGUCUGCACGCGCACCUGCACCUCACCUUCGCGCACCUCACCGCGCUCGACCGCCGCUUCGCACUGCUCGACCACAAGGAGACCGAGGUGUUGCGCGACCUGGAGGUGGCGCUGCGCUUGUCGGAGCCGGGGGGCGCGCCCUGCCCGCCGACGCCCGCGCCGGGCCCGGCGGGGGGCGCGGCGGGGGGCGCGGCGGGGGGUGCGGCGGGUGCGGGGGGCGCGGAGGAGGGCGCCUCGCCGCGGCGCCGGUCGCCGGUGGUGACGCAGCCGCUGGCGUCCGCGUGACGCCGCCUUGUUGACUCUAUUGUAAAUAUUUCAAUCUGUUAAGUAGUUCUAGGUGAUUACAAUUAGUUUAUAAAUUUGUGAUUGCUUUGGUUGUAAAUAAAAGUGAUAUUUGUUUAACUAAUAAACGGAAAAGCUUUAUGUAGUUUUGUUUGUCGCGC